AUGCGAUCCAAGUUCAAGGACGAGCACCCCUUCGAGAAGCGAAAGGCUGAGGCCGAGCGCAUCCGACAGAAGUAUGCCGACCGCAUUCCGGUUAUUUGCGAAAAGGUCGAGAAGAGUGACAUCGCCACGAUCGACAAGAAGAAGUAUCUCGUCCCCGCCGAUCUCACCGUAGGCCAGUUCGUCUACGUGAUCAGGAAGCGCAUCAAGCUCUCGCCCGAGAAGGCCAUCUUCAUCUUCGUCGAUGAGGUACUGCCUCCCACCGCCGCUCUCAUGAGCAGCAUCUACGCCGAGCACAAGGAUGAGGACGGUUUCCUCUACAUCACGUACUCUGGCGAGAACACCUUUGGCGAUUUCGAGACGGCUUAA